GAGGAGUCGUGUUAACUGGCGUGAAAUAGACACUCGGGGCAGAAAGCGCUUCACUCCGCGCAGGCACCAUGUCCCCCAAAAACAUUGUUAUCUUCGGGGCCACUGGCAUGACCGGCCAGGCCACCCUGGCACAAGCUCUGGACGCAGGGUAUAACGUCACCGUCCUGGUCAGAGACCCGUCUCGUCUCCCUUCGGACCGGAAGCCGGCGAGAGUGGUUGUCGGGGACGUGCUGAACAAGCAGGACGUCGGGAAGGCGGUGGAGGGGCAGGACGCGGCGCUCAUCAUCCUCGGGACCCGCAAUGAUCUUGCGCCCACGACUAUGAUGUCAGAAGGAACGCGGAACAUCGUGGAGGCCAUGAAGGGCCAGGGGAUCCGCAAGGUGGUGGCCUGCAUGUCGUCCUUCCUGUUUUGGGACUUCUCGAAGAUUCCUCCCCCGAUGCGGUCGGUCACCGAGGACCACAUACGGAUGCAGCAGGUUCUAAAGGAGUCCGGCCUGGACUACGUGGCUGUACUUCCUCCCCACAUCGAUGCCGGCAAACCCUUCACUGGUGACUACACGGUGAGCGUGGAAAGCCGGGGAGGAAAAAUGAUCUCCGUCCACGACCUCGGCCACUUCUUCCUGCGCUGCCUUUCCACCGACGACUACGACGGGAAGAACGUGACCGUGUCUCGGGAUUACGCCUAGCGGGGGGUUUAAAUCCGCCAAAUUACCAAAAAAUUACAUUUAAAAAGUGGGCUUAAAAGUGGACCUUUCGCCCCAAAACAGCAAAAACUUCUAGCAUAGCUUCCAGAUAACCCGAUUUAGUCAGGACUGCCUAGAGAGCAAAUUCAGGAUCCCAUUAGCUGUCCUGAUUGGUUGCGGGGGCCCCUGGGAUGUGAGACGGGGGGCUGGGGGGGGCCCUGGGACACAUUAUUGCACCUGAUCUCUAUUAGUUGAUAUGUGGGGUUUAAUAACUGGUGCAGGACUCCGAAGAGUCCCAAUAGCAAAAAAACCCAUCAGCUGGGUGUAGCGGCUGCCCUCCUUCGUGUUUAGUGAAUAGGGUUGUUUGGGGGGGAUGGGUCCACUUUUGGUGUCCAUUAAAAGCUCCCGGGAUCGGAGACUUCAUUUCAUUUCCAAUAAAGUUAUUUGUAGGAUAAAAAAAAAA